AUGUCGUUUAUUAAAAAAAUUACUAACAAAUUUAUUAAAAAAAAUAAUAACAAUAUUCAAACUGAGAUUGAAGAAAAUUGGAUGGAAUAUCAACAAGAUGAAAAACCUUGGAGUUGUAUUGAAGAAAAUGUUGAUGAUACUUGGUCGACCUCCGAACAAGAAAUUUGCAUUUCUCAUUUAGCUGUCGAACAAGAAAAUCAACCUAUUAUUAAUGAAAGUUCAGAUUUCACUUUAAUUGAUAAUGAGAAUUCAUUUAAUGAUUUUGAAUACUUUUUAGAAUUAAUACUUUUCAUAUUAAUUUUAUUUAAUUCUAUUGAUUAUAUCAAGAAAAUUGAUCCAUUUAAAAUAAUGUUUAGUCAACGUAAUAUAAAUACUAUAUUUCAAAUAGGUAAUGAUAUCGAAAAUACUAUUAAUGAUCUUGUUAAUAGUAAAAUUAAAAUAGAAGAUUUUCCUAUGAUACAAGUUUGUAUUAUAAAUGAUAUUUUUUAUUCUUCUGAUAACAGAAGACUUUAUGUAUUUCAAGAAGCUAUUCGUAGAGGGUUAAAUAUUAACAAAAUAUCUGUAAAAGUUAAACGAAUAUCAGAUAUGAAUAUUAAUUGGAAAUUAGAAGGCUCAUAUAAAAUUGUUCGUAAUAACAAUUUUAAAAAUGUUAUAGUUUCUCCCUAUGCGAGAAAUGGAAGAGUUAUAGAUGAAUUGAUCUACUUAUUCGAUCAAUAA